CAUCAUCAUCAUCCUGUCUGUGACCGCUGCUCGUCAUCUAAGACCCUGCCACUGACUGACACUCUGAAGCCGUCGAGCUCACACAUUAAAGAUUAGGAUGAACAGUUGUUAAAAGCGGAGGAAAAGCCGAGGAGCAGCUGUUACAGUUAGCGGGGGGGACAGGAGCGGAGAUUUAAACGUUAGCUAACGCCGUCCAACGGUCACGCUACUCGGGAGUUAAAGAUGGUCCAGUCCGGGGAUGUUUUUCUAGCUUUGCUACUUGUGGGCUGUACAGUUUCACUGGAAGUUCAGAUCACACCAACACAUGGUGAGAUUAGUCUUGGCGAGUCCAAGUUCUUCAUGUGUGAUGUUGUAGGCGCUGCCAAGCACAUAGACUGGUUUGGUCCAAAUGGGGACAGACUAGAGCCGAACAGACCAGACCUGACGGUAACCCGUAACGAUGAGUCAUCUUCCACCCUCACAAUUUAUAAAGCAGGAACUGAAGAUGCUGGGACAUACAAGUGUGUUGCUACCAGUGGAGACCAGCAAGGCGAGGCAACUGUCAAAGUGAAAAUCUUUCAAAGAAUAACUUUCACAAAUGCACCCUCCCCUCAAGAGUUUAAUGAAGGAGACAAUGCCAACAUAGUUUGUGAUGUCAUCAGCUCUCCUCCUCCCACUGUCUUCUGGAAAUAUAAAGGGGCCAAAAUACAGAUGGAAAAAGAUGUCCGUUUUAAGGUACUCAACAAUAACCACCUUCAGAUCCGUGGCAUCAAGAAAACUGAUGAGGGCUUGUACAUGUGUGAGGCUCGCCUCAUGGCCCGCGGCGAGAUUGAUCUGCGUGCCAUCAGUGUCGUCGUGAACGUACUUCCAACCAUCAGAAUAUGGCAGUCAGAAGUAAACGCCACUGCAGAUGUUGGUCAGCCGGCCAUGUUAACGUGUGCUGUUGAUGGCUAUCCUGAACCUAUGGUGACCUGGGCAAGAAAUGGGGUCAAACUUGAGGACGAAGAGAAGUACGGUUUUAAUGACGAUGGCUCAGAAAUGACAAUAAUGGAUGUUUCCAAACUGGACGAAGGAGAGUACACCUGCAUUGCCAAGAACAAGGCUGGAGAAAGUGAAAAAGAGCUCAGCCUGAGAGUGUUUGUUAAACCCAAGAUCACUUACAUUGUAAACCAGACCACUUCAGAAAUGAAGGAGCAGAUAACUCUGACAUGUGAGGCAACAGGAGAUCCAACGCCUACCAUUAGCUGGAGCUACGGGGAGCACACCUUCACCGAGAGCGAGCAGAGCCUGGAUGGAAAUGUUGUAGUGAGGAGUGAUGCUCGUGUGUCCUCCCUCACUCUGAAGUACGUCAAGUAUACAGAUGCUGGUCGGUACCUCUGCACAGCGCGCAGUACCAUCGGAGAAGAUGCACAAUCAGCUCAUCUGGAUGUUCGAUAUGCUCCUAAGAUCCAUGGAACAGUUGCAGUGUAUACCUGGGAGAGGAAUCCAGUCAAUAUCAGCUGUGAGGUCAAAGCUUAUCCCAGUGACGUGUCAAUCAUUUGGCUGAGAGACGGACUGCAGCUUCCCAACUCAAACAGCACCAACGUCAAGAUCUUCAGGACUCCCUCAUCCAGCUUCCUGCAGAUUACCCCCGAGUCUGAGAAUGAUUUUGGAAGCUAUAACUGCACUGCCUCAAACGAUAUGGGCACAGAGUCCAAGGAGUUCCUGCUCAUUCAGGCAGAGGUUCCAUCAGCUCCAUUCAUUGAUGAAGUGAGACCCUUUUCCACCACUGCACUCAUCCAGUUCGGGGAGCCCGAAUCUACUGGAGGUGUUCCUGUCCUGAAAUACAGAGCAGAGUGGAGGAUGCGAGGAAGAGCAAGCUGGAUGAAGAGCGUCUAUGAGAUUCAAGAAGGUUUGAGCAAUGAGGUGACAAUCACAGGCCUGAAGCCAGACUCCAGCUACGAAGUAAAGUUAGCAGCCAUUAAUGGAAAGGGUGAAGGAGAAAGCAGCCCCGCUGAGUUCUUCAAGACAGAGCCUGUUCGCCCCACUUACAAAAAUGGUAUUUCUCAUUUUUCUUCUGAAGAAGGAAAUCCCAAUCCUCCCAAACUGGAAGGGUCACUUCAACCUACAGGCAACUCCCUCAAAGUCAGCUGGAUUAAACAGGAUGAUGGCGGCUCUCCCAUCUUACACUAUCUCAUUCGUUACAAACCAGUCCAGGCGACAGAGUGGAAACCUGAAAUCCGGAUGCCCAGUGUCAGUGAGCAUGUGGUUCUCAGGGGGUUGGACUGGGACACAGAAUACAAUGUCUACGUGGUGGCAGAGAAUCAGAAAGGGAAGUCCCAGCCUUCAACCAUGUCCUUCAGAACAUCCUCGAAGCCAGAGGCCAUCCCAGCAGAUUUAGGUGAUGAAGGAGCGCUCUCCAUGGGCACCAUGCUGUGGGCGGGGAUUCUUGUUGUGGGGUUUGUACUCCUGCUGCUGGCUGUGGAUGUCACUUGUUACUUUGUCAACAAAUGUGGCCUCAUCAUGUGCCUCUGUGGCAAAUCAGGCACGGGGACGAAAGGGCACAGCCUGGAGGAGGGCAAAGCAGCCUUUGUGAAAGAUGAGUCCAAAGAGCCGAUAGUGGAAGUCAGAACAGAAGACGAGUGCACAGCCAAUCAUAACGCAGCCGGACCGAUCGAACCAAACGAAACCACACCUCUCACAAAGCCAGAGCUGGUGGCUUCUCUGGCACUGGACACCCCCUCCUCCGUAGCCACCAACUCUGACACAGCCACCGCAACAAACGACCCUGCUCAGGAAAGCCCCUCUAGCGAGACCACUACCCUCACUUGCAGCCUGUCCACUCUGGCCAACGAACCCUCACCCACCCCUCUAGCUGCUCCGGCCCCCACCCCAGAAUCGAACACGGCCCCUCCUACCCCGGAGAUCUCCUCGACUGCUGUAGAGGCUAAAAUAGCCCCCUUACUUGAAGAAAGACGAAGUAGCACUUUAGAGGAGCAGGAUCCUCCUCGUAGCCCUGAACAGCCCAAACCUCAAAAAUCUGGAACACCAAUACCACCGAAGCGCAGACACUCUCCUAAACUUGCUGCGCUGCAUGCGAAAGGUAGCCCCCCCGUCUCCCCCCUCGCUCUGUCUUCUACAUUUUCCCCAACCACUCCAGAAACCAAGAGACCUGCUCCAAGCCCCCCAGUCACUAAGCCCAUGGCUCAACCAAACAUUGCAGUCCUAAACACAGACACACCAGCACAAACUGCCCCCCCUCCAGCAAACACUGCCCCCCUGAAACCAGACCCAGAUUUUAAACCAGAUGGUCUAGAUUCAUGUAGCUUUACCGCCUUCGACACCGACAAUCCUACUGAGUCAACUGUAGAUAUUAUAUCCACGACAAAACCUGCUGUGAGUUCAGAAAUCACCAGUGCUGCUCAGGAUCCAGAUGCUGAACACCCCCCCUCUCUAGUUGCAGAUGUUUCCCCACAUUUACCCAUCACUCACAUUGCCUCUGCAGUCCCCAAUGAUCUCCUCACGCCAGCGUCAAACCUGUAUGACCGAACAGCUCCGAACGUAGAGCUCAAACAUACAGAGUUAGAGUUAGAGCUCACAAAUGGAACGGGAAGACCCUCCAGGCCCCCAUCAGACCUGAUUAGCUUAGAGAGCCCGCCCGCUGACCCCUCCUGGCCCAGUGGAGACGAAGCAGACCACCCCCCCUCAGGCCCAGUUGUGGAGGCUUCAGAGACUCUGGUCAAGACUGCUCCUCCUGUCAACGAUGAGAAGUUUUUUGCUGAUGAGACAGGCAAACUGGAGGAGGGAGACUUACCAAAUACCCUGAUCACUGCAGCACACAACAGCCUCAUACAGACAAACACCACAGAGAGCAAAGUAUGAUGCGGCCGGGCCAGUCCAAGCCUCACGUAGAGCGUUUCCCAGCACCAACCAGAAUAAAACACUGCGCAAGUUUUCAUUUGUAGUGCUCUUAAUGACACGGUAGUGUUUAUUGGUUAGAGUGCACUUUGACUCUGCUCCUUGUUUCGUUCAUGAAAUGUUUAUCUCACCCACAGGAUUUAUUUUUAAGUCAUAAGAGAUUUAUUUAAUUUUUUUACUCGUUUUAU